GAAAAGAAUUUCUUCCUAAUAUCUUCUCUAAAUCUACCCUCUUCCAGUCUAAAGCCAUUUCCCCUCGUCCUGUUGCGUUGGCUAAACAUGACAUAGUGGACUGCUGCAAAGAUCACUGGAGUCUAGGGGGAAAAAAAAAAAAAAGCAUUAUAAAACAUAUUACCGUACAAAGAACAUGAGUAGCACAUCUUGAUAAAUGCCUAUGCCCCUCUCAACCUUCUCAUACCCAACUGGGGGUUUAGACAGAAAGCCAGAGGGUUGAUGUGUUGUGAGAGGGUCAUGCAGAUAAAAAUCCCUCUGAGCUGUACUGGUGGAUGGCAAGCUGGACAUGAAGCCCAGAAAGCCAAUUGUAUCCUGGGCUGCAUUGGAAGUAGUAAGCAGGGUAAGGGGUAAGAAAGAGAGGGACAGCCUUGGAGUAGUGUCUGGUGUGACAGGACAAGGGGAAAUGGUUCCAAACUGAAAAAAGGGAGAUUUAAACUGGAUUUAAGGAAGAAACUUAUUACUUAAGGGUGGUGAGGCAGUGGCACAGUUGCACAGAGCGGUGCCCCAUCCCUGCCAAGGUCAGGCUGGAUGGGCUGUGAGCACUGAUGGAGCUGCGGCUGUCCCCGUUCAGUGCAGGGAAUGGGACAGACGGCCUUGAAGGCUCCCUUCCAACUCAAACCAUCCUACGAUGAAAAGAAAACAACUGCGUACGAGGGAGCAAGAAGCACACGGGCUCUCAGAGCUCCGAGAGACGAAAUUCCGCAGGCUGAGCUGAGGGCAGCCCUGGUUUCGGGCGGCGAAGCACCGCCGAUACACGCACAGCGAAGGGCCGUCAGGGCGCAGCGCAGGGCACGCAGCGCCGCUCGCCAGGGGGCGUGCCUCGCACCUCGCCGCCCUCCCGCCCCCCCGGCCCGCCGCCCGCCGGUCCCAACGGCCGCCGCGCGCCGCUCACCCUUCGCCUCCCUUCCCCGCCCUCAGAGGGCGAUGCUAACGGCGCCGCGGCGCCUCCUCCGGCUCUGCAGCUCCACCUUCAGGAUGGGCGAAUCGGCCUCCAGGCUGCCGCGUAAGGAAGAGGCGCUCCCCGGAAGGAGCCAGAGCGUCCCGGUGGCAGAUAAACAUCAUGUCAAUGGAAACAGAAUGGUAGAACCUUUCCCAGAGGGAACGCGGAUGGCUAUAUUUGGUAUGGGCUGCUUCUGGGGAGCUGAGAGGAAGUUUUGGAGACAGAAAGGAGUCUAUUCCACUCACGUGGGUUACGCAGGAGGGUAUACUCCAAAUCCUACCUACAAAGAAGUCUGUUCAGGUAGAACUGGCCACACAGAGGCUGUACGAGUGGUAUAUCAGCCAGAAAACAUCAGCUUUGAGAAACUGCUCAAGGUCUUCUGGGAGAAUCAUGACCCGACACAAGGAAUGCGGCAAGGUAAUGACGUUGGCACUCAGUAUCGUUCAGCCAUCUACACCUUUUCCCAGGAACAGAUGGAAGCUGCCUUGAAAUCUAAAGAAGAAUAUCAAAAGGUAUUGACAGAAAGCGGUUUUGGUGCCAUCACAACAGAAAUCCGGGAGGCUCCAGAGUUUUAUUACGCUGAAGAUUACCAUCAGCAGUACCUCAGCAAGAACCCCAAUGGAUACUGUGGCCUCGGGGGAACGGGGAUUUCCUGCCCAAUCGGGAUCGGGAAAUAGCUUGUGCUCAUGGCACCAAUGCUUUGUUCCAGCGGGUUGUUCUGAAAAGGCUGACAACAAUGAGAGGUGUUCCGGUACCCACAGCAUCAGCACAUCAAGAUUUGGGAUGCCCAAUGGGAUGGCUUGCUGUAAUCUGAGCAGCUUCCCAUUUGUUGACAUUAAAAGCCAAGGAGAUUUGGAAAUUUUGCUUGCUGGCCAAUGCAGCUUCUUGCUCUGUGCAGUUCCCUGGUUUCUUUGUAAGCUUGAAAUCUAGAGAGGAAAGAAACUUCUUAAAAUUUGGCUUGAAAUGCUGUUAAAGGGAUGAAUUAUGGUGUGUCUGUACCCAUUAAGCACUUUGCAUAGCUAAUAUCUAUAGGCAUACUUAUUUUCUUGGACUGAUGAAUUUGUUCAUGCUUUAGCUUUGACUUCUGGAGACAUGGCUGAGCUCAUCUUAGCUAUCACAACCCUGUAAUUUGAUGUCUUUGAGAAUGAUGAAUUUAGAAGAUCAGUAAUUCUCUCACAAUUCCACUUCCGCUGCAACAUGUAAUACCACCUAUAGUGCCUAUUUUCUGAAGCAAUUUUAGUAAGAAAAAGUAAAAAUUGUAAUGUGAUACUUCCUUUUGACAGUUCCAAAAAAUGUACAAACACAAAAAGAAAUCAAUUUGGUUUCCUGCACUACAAUAAAUUACAAAGACAGGAAAGAAAAAUGCUAUCUCCAGUGUGU